CGAAAAUCUCAAACUUGCCCUUGAGUCUCAAAAUUUGAGAGCAUCUCUACACGCGCAACACCAGCAGCAGUGUGAGCAAAGAGAGCACAGCACGUCUCCGGCUCACUCUAGAGGACUCCGUGUUUUCAAUAGAGCACAAUCCGCGCAGCCAAGGAAACACACCAAAACUUUGCCCCCCAAAUCCCCGGACCUCGAGGGUGGGGUAAACACGCAGAGAAGAAGAAGAACAGCUAACAAAAGCACUCUUUUUUGGCUUUAAGAUUUAAAAUAAAAGAAAUAUCAGCCUCAAAAUCAUUUAGUUCUGAUACAAACUCAAGAAGAUAAGCGGAACCGAUCGGCAUCUCCACAUUAAUCUACGGCGAUUGAACGCGGAGAAUCAACUUAAAAGACUGAAAUGGCAAUCACAUGGACAAUCAUUGUAUUAGGUGCCCUCCUGCAUGGCAUGCACUCUGAUGCUUCACACAACACAACAGUGAAUUCCAAUACCCUAACCACGCAAACCACUUCAACCAUCACACAACCACAAAUCAAUACAAAUAUACCAUCCCAGCAACCAGCUUCUACCACACAAUCCAUGCAACCUUCCAGUAACAGCACACCCUCGCAAUCCAGUCCUGCUGCUUCAACCCAACCUCCAGUCCAAACUCCAGUCCAAUCUCCAGCCCAAACUCCAGUCCAAACUCCAGUCCAAACUCCAAUCCAAACACAUUCCGUCGCACCAUCAGCAAGUUCAAAUACCACUGGACCAUCCUCUCAAGCUGCUGACUCAAGUACAACCCAAGCUCAACCUAGCUCGACUGACAUAUCUUUGACAAAUGCAGUCUCAACAGUCUCAACUCACAAUCCUGUGAAUUCAUUAACUACUCCUAUUCCCCAAGGAUUGUCCAGCUCAGGUGUAACCUCAGCUGUCCCAACACAGUCUGGCCAGAAAACAACAAUAAGAGACUCAUCAACGACAACUGUUCCAACCACAACUCAGAGCCUCAUAACCCAUAACAAAUCAUUGCCUCCAACAGAAUCCUCUACACAGACUACAACCAGCACACAACCCAAUAGUGUGACAUCAAAUGCAGAAAAACUGAACACAACAACACCAGAUUCCACAUCUGCCAUCUCUCUGAGACAUCAGACAUCGGAAAUACCAACAACCGCUCAUCCAAUCACAUUAGGAUCGACUUCAGGUCAGCUCGGACCUGACGAUGUCUCCACGACUAGCAUCUCUAUUACCAAAACAGAGGAUAUGACUCAAAGAAUACCUGAUCCUCGCAAAUUUGAUAUGAGUAAUGCAACUGAGGGGGACAUCCUGUUUGAAGCCUGUAAAGCCUUGGGUCCAAACAUGAAAGGACAGUGCUCUGUGAGCUAUAAGAUAGAAGACAAAAAAAUAACUGCAACUUUUACAAUAGACGCUGACCAACUGAUAAAAAAAGAAAUCUACAAUCCCCCAGAACAGAAGAAGAAUAUAAAUGAAGAGAAUACAAGCAUGCAGACAGUACCAGAUACGAUGAUUGCCAUCUUGGCUUCAUGUGGUGCAUUGGUGCUCAUUCUGUGCUGUUUUGCUGCAUACUGCACCUAUCACCGGAGAUCCUACAGGAAAAAUCAGCAACAUCUGACGGAAGAGAUGCAGACGGUGGAGAACGGUUACCAUGACAAUCCCACACUGGAGGUGAUGGAGGUACAGCCGGAGAUGCAAGAGAAGAAACUGGUAUUGAAUGGAGAAUUCAACGACAGCUGGAUCGUCCCCAUAGAUAACCUGCUGAAAGAGGACAUACCUGAUGAAGAAGACACACACUUGUAAUGGCACUGGAUAAGCUGUUAUGAGUAUGAUACGUGCUGUUCUCACAACGAAAGAUUGUGACCAGCCAGAAUGUAAAAGAGCACAGAUUGCUGUAAAGACUAUCAAAAUUACUUUCAUUUGAUGUCCAGAUGUACAUGCUGUAAUUAAGUAGUUAAAUGUCAAAUAAUUGCUAGCGAUGGUGAAACGCUAAAUGGUAUGCAAAAUGCUUCCAAUUUGUCUGUGGAAAAGGGAAAAUCUAGAGUUCAAAUCAAGGGAUCAAAGCACUGUGGCCUUUCCUUGUGCCUUAACCGGUCUAUGUGUUUUUAUUUCUUCAACACACUCAGAUCAUAUCCAACACCCAGUGAACUACCUUGCUGUUUACUGCCUAUUUAGGCAGCUACCUUUUAAGGAAACAUCCUCACUGCAGUGAACCUCACAAGCGACUGUUGAUUUCAAUAGAAUUGGGUGUUAGCAUGUUACUAAGCUGGCGAUGCAAUAGUCUAACAAAACUAAAACAUAGAUAUCAAGAACAAAUAUUGGGAAAAUACUCAAUUACUAAUUAAAUACAUUUCUUUUACUGAUACUUUUUUAGUAUUGAAUACAAUCAACAUAUAUUUAAAAUGUAUUUGAAUACAUGAUGUAGUCUUAGAAUUUGUCCAAAAUGAGAUCUCCUCGAAGGAAGCACUAUUUUAUUGGUAGGCUGCUCACUGGGUUUGAGUACAGAGCUAUUUUGUUUUGGUUUCACACACAAAGACAAAAACAUAUAUUUUUUUGCUCUUUAUAAAGGGAUAACUUGAGGAUUAUUUGUGACGUACAUCUUAAGAUGAAUGUACAUUAUUGUGGCUGUAUAUAAUGUUUAUUUUCAUGCAUCUUACUCAAUUUGUUUGCUUUCUGCUUAGGGAAGAUUAACACUCAUAGUAAACAAAUUAUACUAAUUGACCAAUGGAUAAAUCAUCCUGGAAAAUAAGACUACGCGCCAUAUUUAAUCGCGCGUAUAAUAAAAAUGGCCUCAUGAAUACAUCCAACAAAUCCAUACAAGCCCUUCUGACAUUCUAAACACUUUAAUCCGAUGAGCAUAUUCAUUGGCACCUUAAAGAGAUAGUUUACCCCAAAAUGAAAAUUCUCUCAUUUAAUGCCAAAAAUAACAAAGACCACGCAAAAGUAAUCUAUAAGACUCCAGUGGUUAAAGUGGAAAGAUAAGCCAUAUCUAUCACUUUCAAUAUUUGAAAUAUUUAACCACAGGUGUGGUAUGGAUUGCUUUUAUGUGAUUUUUGGAGCUUCAAAGGUCUGGACCCAAUUCACUUGCAUUGUAUGGUUCAACAGAGUGGAGAUAUUCUUCUAAAAAGAUCUGCAGAAGAAAGGGCUGGCAAGAGGGUGAGUAAAUGAUGAGAGAAUUUAAGAUUUUGGAUGAACUAUCCCUUUAAAGUAGAAGUCCUGAGGCAAGACUGAAUUUGAUCGAUUCAUUAUUUUCCCUCUGCUCCGUUUGUAUCUUUGUGUUGGUAUUAUUCUAGUAUGAAGAGUUGCAUAUUUUUAACCUGAAACGGUCCGGGGUAAUCCCAAUUCAAGUUCAUUACGUGUAUUUACAGGUAUUAAAUCUGCAUGUGUAAUUGUCGGUCUUUAAUCUGUUUUUUUUUUUUUUAGUACUUUGAUCACCUUAUUGUUUAUUUAACACUUUUAAUGUUGAUUUCACCAAAACAUUAAGUGACUUUUGUAUUUGCAUGCAAAACACCAAUUGUUAAGGAAUUCACUGCUGCCUUCUUUUAGUUGAUCUAUUUCCACCAGUAUUUAGGUUGAAUUUAUAGCUGUAUCCUGUAUGUGAAGUCAGUUUGCUGCGAGUGCAAACGACAGGGGUCUGAUACACUGGAAGCCGCAUCUCUGUCAGAUCAGACGGGAACGGCCAUGAUUUCUUAUACAAAUAAAGUUUUUUAUAAUAAAGUGUUUUGAUGAAAACUGCACUUAAGUUGACAUGACGCAUCAAGCAGUGUGACAUGCUAUACUAUACAUGCUAUAAAAAACUAAUUUGUCAAACCACAAGACAUUCACAUGGCAAAUGCCAAAAAGCUAAAAGCUGAUUUUAAUAGUGGUGACACUUUAUACACUUAUUAAACUUAAAAGGAAUAUUGGGUUCAAUACAAGUUAAGCUCAAUCAACAGCAUUUGUGGAAUUAUAAUUAUUAUUUUUUUUUUUUUUUUAAAUCUGUGUUGCUGUGAGGCACUGAAUGGGAGUGAAUGGGGGCCAAUCUGUAAAUGUUAAAAUACUCAGCGUUUCAAAAUUAUAGCCACAAGACAUAAACAAUAUGCAUGUUAACAUUAUUUUAGCAUGAUAAAAUUGCUUAACCUUAUCCUGUAUAAAGUUAUAGCCAAUUUUACAACU